GCGCCGGUUGGCCAUGGUGGCGGAAGGCCAGGCCUUGCCCCUCCUCUUGCUCCUGCCCCUCGUCCCCUGCCCGCUGACGGGAUGGAAAAAAGCAGGAUGAACUUGCCCAAGGGGCCCGACACCCUCUGCUUCGACAAGGACGAGUUCAUGAAGGACGACUUCGAUGUGGAUCACUUCGUGUCCGACUGCAGGAGGAGGGUGCAGCUGGAAGAGCUCCGGAACGACCUGGAGCUCUAUUACAGGCUUCUCAAGACGGCCAUGGUGGAGCUCAUCAACAAGGACUACGCCGACUUCGUCAACCUCUCCACCAAUCUGGUUGGCAUGGACAAAGCCCUGAACCAGCUGUCUGUGCCUCUGGGCCAGUUACGAGAAGAGGUUCUGAGUCUCAAGUCAUCAGUCAGUGAAGGAAUUCGGGCAAUCGACGAACAACUGUCCAAACAAGACGACAUCAGGAGGAAAAAGAUGUGUGUCCUGAGACUCAUCCAGGUCAUACGGUCAGUUGAGAAGAUUGAAAAGAUCCUACACUCUCAGAGCCCUAGCCAGUCAUCCUCGCUGGAAGGAAGCAGCCCGCUUUUGACAGGACAGAUUUUAGAGAGAAUUGCUACCGAAUUUAACCAGUUGCAGUUUCAUGCGGUGCAGAGCAAGGGCAUGCCUCUUUUGGACAAAGUGAGACCGCGGAUCGCUGGGAUCACGGCCAUGCUGCAGCAGUCCCUGGAAGGUCUCCUCCUGGAGGGCCUCCAGACCUCCAACGUCGACAUCAUCCGCCACUGCCUGCGGACGUAUGCCACCAUCGACAAGACGCGCGACGCCGAGGCGCUGGUGGGCCAGGUGCUGGUCAAGCCGUAUAUCGAUGAGGUCAUCGUGGAGUCACUGGUCCAGGCCCACCCUAAGGGCCUGCAGGCCAUGUACAGCAAGCUCCUGGAGUUUGUGCCCCAUCACUGCCGCCUGCUCCGGGAGGUCACGGGCGGCACCAGCUCCAGCGAGAGAGGAAACAGCGUUCCCGGCUACGACUUCCUGGUGAAUUCGGUCUGGCCAGAAAUAGUGCGUGGCCUGGAAGAGAGGUUGCCGUGGCUCUUCAACCCGGGAAACCCGGAUUCGUUCCACGAGAGAUACACCGUCAGCAUGGACUUCGUGAGGAGAUUUGAACGUCAGUGUGGGUCUCAGGCCAGUGUGAAGAGACUGAGAGCCCAUUCUUCCUACCACAGUUUUAACAAUAAGUGGAACCUGCCAGUAUAUUUUCAGAUAAGGUUCAGAGAAAUCGCUGCAGGCUUAGAGAGGGCCCUGAGCGACGGGCUGGAAGAGGCCCCGGCUGGGAGUUCCUACUGCCUUCUGGCCACUCAGGUGACCUGGGCCAGCGUGACGAGAUGCUGGUCGGACGAACUGUUUCUGCCGCUGCUGGCUCCCCGCCUGUGGAAGCUCACCUUGCAGAUCCUGGCCCGGUUCGCCACGUUCGUGAAGGAGCUGUCCCUCCGGCCUGCUCCCGGCGAGAACACUAAGGACGGCAAGAAGGUCGCGGGGGCCCCCGGGAAGGAUGGAGUUUCCCCAGGCCCAGCUGCCGGAGAGGAGCCAGGAAGUUGCUCUUCUUCUGAAACACCCCCACCCGCACCUUCCAUCUCUGGCCCCCAGCUGGUGUUCGUCGUGGCUGAUGUGGACAGACUGCAGGGGCAGCUCCCUGGGCUCCUGGAAGUUAUCCAACCAAAGCUGGAAGUGAUCGGCUUCAAGAACGUCUCCUGCCUGUCAGCCGCCCUGGAGGACUCGCGCGCGUCCCUGUCCGAGUGCCUCCCGCCCCUGAGCCGCAGGGUCGUCCAGGGCCUGAGCGAGGCCUGCUUCGGCUGCCUGAAGAGCGCCCUGGAAGUGCCCCGGCUCUACAGGAGGACCAACAAGGAAGUGCCGUCCAGAGCCUCUCCCUACGUGGACGGCGCGCUGAAGCCUUUCCACCAGCUGCAGCAGGACCACCAGGACACGCUGCCACCGGCCCUGGCCCGCCAGUGGCUGGAAGAGGCCCUCUCUGAGAGCGCGCGCAGGUACAUCGAAACCGUGUCGGAUGUACUGAGCUCCGUCAAGAAGAUGGAAGAGAGCCUGAAGCGGCUGAAACAGGCCAGGAAGGCGGCCGCCGUGACCCCGGCCGGCUCCAGCGGAGGCAUGAGUGACGAUGACAAGAUCCGGCUGCAGCUGGCGCUGGAUGUGGAGCACUUUGUGGAGCAGGUGCAAGGGAUGGGCCUGCAGACGAACAACAUCGACGGCUUUUCGGCUCUCAUAGAGCUUGCGGCGGCUGCGAAGGAGCAGGCCACGGCCGAGCAGCCGUGACAAUCCUGGCCUAACCCCGAGGCGGAAGGGCCAGGGGGUUCUGGGCCACCAGACACGGUGAGCCCUGGCCCUCCUCAGCAUCGGGUGGCAACUGAGGGCUUCCAUGGGCUAGUCUGGCAGCAGGGGCCAUCCGGAAGUGGGGGAGUUUGGGCCCCUAAAUGAACACUGCGGGUGUCUGCCUGCUGCCGGGGGGAGCUUUGGGAAACUUCUGCUCUGGGCCACCAGACCAGUCAUUUUCUCUUUCUGGUAAAGCUUAGUGUGAGAAGA